CACACUUUGCUUUUUUUUCUCCUUUUUGUGUGUGUGCAUGUGUGUGUGUGUGUGUGUCUGGUCCCUAGGGGGUCUUUAAGUUCUUGGCCCAUCUAGCUCUAAAACUAGUUCUAAUCUAGUCUUUUUGUCCUGCGUGACACCUGGGUCAUUUCUGCAAAUCUGCAACACAGUACAAGGCAGCUCAUGACGAAUAUGGACCCGGUAAUACAAGCUGUGUUUGGGCCGGCACCGGAUGGACUCGAUCUGACCGAAAAUCGAGGGCCUGCUGAUUCGGCGGCAGUGUCCGUCUUGUUGGUGUUGGCCGUCUGCGCCGUAUUGGCACGCUUCAUCUGCCGCUUCUACGCCCGCAAUGCGUUUUUGGCCGACGACUGGGCCAUUCUGGUCACACUGGCGUUCGUCGCGGGGGCUGCCGGGCUGACUAUAGCAGGUGCCUCUAGAGGUGCAGGCAGUCACGUCUGGGCUUUGAACAUCGACCAGAUCCAAGAGAUCUACCAAGUGCUUUAUGUCUACACCUUCAUCUACGGCGGCGCAUGCGGCUCGGUCAAGUUGAGCAUCCUCUUCUUCUACAUGCGCGUCUUUGGAACGCGGGACCUGGUCACCAGCAGAGCCUUCAAGGGUGCCAUAUACCUCGGCAUCUGCCUGUCGCUGCUUUAUCCCAUCACCAUCUGGGUGACCAUGGGCAACGUGUGCAGGCCGGUGACGCACUUUUGGACGCAGUUCACGGGCACGCCGGGGGUCUGCAUCGACAUCAACACCUUCUUCCUCGCCCUGGCCGUCAUCAACAUGCUCAUCGACUUUUACGUCCUCGCGAUCCCGAUCCCGCAGAUCCUGGCGCUCAACAUGAGCCGGCGCAAAAAGGGCGCCGUCCUGGGCCUGAUGCUCAUCGGCGGCUUCGUCUGCGUCGCCUCCAUCCUGCGCUGCGUCUACCUCUCGGAGCUGUCCCGCGCCGCCGACGUCACCUUUGCCAUGGGCCCCGUCUUCAUCUGGUCCGCCAUCGAGCCCUGCUUCGCCAUCGUCGGCGCCUGCCUGCCGCACCUCGCCCCGCUGCGCAGGACCGUGAGGGAGAGGCUGGGCUACUCGGGGGACAAGUCGUCGCGCCGCGGCGGCGACGUCGGCGGCGGUGCCGGCAGCAAGGGGAGCAGGAACGCCCCGCUGAACAGGGGCUCCAAGGGCGGGCACCGUCGGCUUCACGAUGAUGACAUUGGCCUCACCGACAUAAGCACCCUCGCCACCGCGGUUGCCACGACCAACGAGGGCGGCUCCGAGAGCGGCGAUGAUGCCGCUGGCGGGGCCAGGCCCAUGCCGUCUGGGAAGAACGUCAUCCGGGUGACGAGCUCGUUUUCACAGCGGAGUGACACAUAUGAUGGGGAUAGAAGGGCAUGAAAAAAAAGCAUAAGCCUGGUUUGGCAGGUUGGGAUUUUUACUCGGCGCAAGGGUUUUGUAUAUGAUGGGAUAGAUAUAUUUUGGAUCACGGAUAUUUUGGGCAGCGCUUGCCAGUCGCAUGCAAAUGGGCCGCGACUUGUGUAAAUAAUAUGAUGGAACAAUAAAAUGGAGGCUCGGGCAAUGUGCAAGCAAGAGGAAUACCUAGCAAAUUAGAGACCGAUGACUGCUACAGUCGCUAUGCGUUAGUUUCCAUGGAGGCGCGCAAAGAAAGACUGACUAGAUCUAGAACUAGUUCUGGAAGGCAGGAUAAACGCACUAUCCAUUACGGCGCCGACCAUAAGCUCUUUUUUUUUCUAUAGUGCGUGACAGUGGAUUUGGUGCCCAGAAGCCCAGGUCGGGAACGAAUGCCACCACACUUUCAGGAGUCAUGCAUGUGCAUGCACACUUCUCG